AUGUCAACAGAAACCGAAAAGAAAUUGAAACUUAAACGAUUGCAAAUGAGACGACAGGGUUAUCGAGCAUUCGUGAUACGAUUAGUUAAAGAAAUUGAUGAAAUUUGUGAAGUGGAAAGCUACGAUUACGAAAGAAUUCAAGUCAUAGAUCAACACUUACAAGAUAAACUAAAAUUACUCAACGAAUUAAACGAAAGCAUCUUAUUACUUUGCAAUGUCGAAGAAAUAACACACGAAAUCGAGGAAUCAGAAGAGAUAAACGACCGAAUCCUAUCUAAACGAAAGAAAAUAGAAACGAUCUUAAAAAAUGGUGACAAAGUUCAUAGUAAAAUUAACAACAUCGAAACUCAAUCAACCGGAAGUAGCGAAACUCAACCAACAGGAAGUAUUGAAACUCAACCAACCGGAAGUAGCGAAAACCAACACGCAAUUAACGACGUAAUUCCAACAGUCGAAGGGCAACAACAAGAAUCUAAUGCUACGGUUGAACUGCCAAACACAAAUCUGGAACAACAACAUUCCAUGAAUUUACAAUAUACACACAAUCCAUGA